AUGGAGAGGAGAGGUCCAACUCCAGGCUCUGGCUCAUAUGGCAAGGCUUGCAGACAAUGUUCGAAGGCCACAUGUCGGUGCGUAGCUCGACCGGAUGGUGCCGGCUGCGAAAGAUGCCUGCGUCUCAAGAAACAAUGUCAACCAUCAGAACCAACUCGUAGGAAGCCUCAUCGGAAUACCGAGUCCGGCGCGCAGAUAGCGAAGCUUGAGGGGAGGAUUGAUAGUCUCACGGCAAUGCUUCAGUCUGUGGCGCAUGCUACUGGAGUAUCUAGCAACCUGCAGACUAGUUCAAAUGCUAGUACAAGUGAAGAAAUCAGCAACUUAGCUAUUACUGGCACUACCACCGACAGCCCAUCCGUACCACUGCCUCCUCUAUAUGAGUUGGACCUAGACCAAGCAGCCUGGUAUCUCGAUCGCUUUACGACGAACAUGCUACCGUGCUUCCCUUUCAUCAGCCUGCCGCCUAAUACCACUUCGCAGCAGCUGCAUCAAGACCGGCCAUUUCUCCUCGAGGCCAUCAUUGCGGUAGCUACGCCCUCAACGCAAGAGAAGCUGGCUCGCGCAGAUAGAUUGAAGUCUCGCUUAAUCAAGUCAGCUAUGCUCGAGAACCAGUCUGGUAUUGACAUGUUGCUGAGCAUCCUAACUUACGUCGCCUGGAGUACGGAUCCGUUUGUUAAGCGUGCAAGUAACCUGUCUCGCAUGAUCAUGCUGGCUAUGUCCAUGGUCUACGAUCUCCAACUGGACAAGAAACCACCACCGCCGCCAGAGGUACCCAUAAUAGCGAAGAUGGCACCCGGGCUGAAUAAUCCGGAGCAAAGUGCAACUGACAAUUCUCUACAAGGGAUCCUAGAGCAGCAUCGAGCGGUCCUAUCUUGCUUUGUCCUCAGCUCGAUCAUCUCAUCCACCUUCAGACGCACAGUCUCCCUAUCAUGGACCUCUCAAAUGGAACAAGCCCUAAAUCUAAUCGAGACAAACAAAGAACACCCAUCCGACGAGUACUUCACAACCCAAAUCCGCCUACAAAUCCUCGCCCAAAAAGCCCUAUCCCUCCGUGACCCAGACGAGACAGAUCCCUCUACCACCUCAACCACAACACCCCCAGCAACAACCAUGUACCUCAAAAUACUACACAACCAACUGAAAGACAUCCAAUCCUCAAUCCCACCCCAUCUCCCCCACCGCGACCUCCUCCUCCUCCAAACACACUACACUUCCCUCCUCCUACACGAAACCCCCCGCCUCACGAGCUCCAGCACCCCUCUCCUUUCCCCAACAACCACCAUUACAACCACAACCACAGCCCCCUCCCCCAUAACCACCCUCAUCCACUCCCUCCAAGCAAUCAAAUCCUGGCUCUCAACCUUCCAAACCCUCCCGGCACCAACCAUCACCGGAUUCCCCUUCUUCAUGUGGUUCCAGCUCGUCCGAUGCAUCGUGCUCCUGAAACAUCUCUCCACGUUCGAAGACCCAGCAUGGGACCGCGACGCCGUGCGGCAGGAGGUGGAUAUGCUGGAGUUGCUGGAGUGGAUGGGGGAGAAGGCGGAGAUGGCUAGUGUUGAGGCUGGAGAGAUAUCAGAUGAUGAUUUGUUUCGCAGGGUGGGGAGGAUGCUCAGGUUGGCGAGGGAGUGGGUGGUUAGGAAGGUGAGGGGGGAGGUAGAUGGAUGGGUCCCUGGGGAUGGGAGUACUAAUGGGGAUGGGGCGGUGUCUGGCUUGUCUGGGGGGAGUACUGAGGGUAGUAGUGGUGGUGGUGGUGGUGGUGAUAGUAGUGGUGUAAUGGGCAUGGAUAUGGAUAUGACGGAUAUGGCUUGGAUGCAUGCGUUGGAAUCGGGAGAUGGAGGUUGGCUUGAGGAGGUGCUGGGGUGGUCGCCUCUA